UAACGUCACAAGUAGUACGUGGACGCGGAAGUGAGCAGCCAGCUGUUACAGGUUGACAUCAGGCAGGUGUUCUGGCACAACACGGCUCCUCGGUCAACAUGCUGAAGGCGGUCAUUUUAAUCGGAGGCCCCCAAAAAGGGACAAGAUUCAGACCAUUGUCUUUUGAAGUUCCCAAACCAUUGUUUCCAGUGGCUGGUGUGCCCAUGCUUCAGCACCAUAUUGAGGCGUGUGCCAAAGUACCAAACUUAAAGGAGAUUUUGCUCAUCGGCUUUUAUCAGCCAAACGAAGAACUGAACCGAUUCCUGUUUAAUGCACAGCAGGAGUUCAAAAUGUCCAUCAGGUAUUUACAGGAGUUUGCAGCCCUGGGAACUGGAGGGGGCAUUUAUCACUUCAGAGAUCAGAUUCUCUCUGGCAGUCCAGAGGCUUUCUUUGUUCUGAAUGCUGAUGUUUGCUCAGCGUUUCCUCUCACAGAGAUGCUCAACUUCCAGAAAGAGCACGGAGAGCCAAACAGUUUUGUUAUUCUAGGGACAACGGCAAACAGGAAGCAGUCCAUGAAUUAUGGUUGCAUUGUGGAGAACGAGGAAACAAAUGAGGUUCUGCAUUAUGUGGAAAAGCCCAGCACAUUUGUGAGCGAUAUUAUCAACUGUGGUAUAUACCUGUUUAACCCGGAGAUCUUCCAGCACAUCGGCUCCGUCUUUCAGAAGAACCAGCAGGACAUGUUGCUUUAUCCAUACGAUGGAGAGGAGCCAACCAACGGCUGGCACAGAGCGGAAGCCAUCAGGCUGGAGCAGGACAUAUUUACUGCCCUGGCCGGACAGGGCAAACUCUACGUCUACAAAACCCUCAGCUUCUGGAGCCAGAUUAAAUCUGCAGGGUCUGCGAUUUAUGCCAGUCGAUUGUACCUCAAUCAAUAUCACACAACUCAUCCUGAAAGACUGGCUCCUAAUAAAGAGGGAGGACCCAAAAUAACUGGUAAUGUCUAUAUUCAUCCUACAGCCAAUAUUGAUCCCACUGCUGUGUUGGGUCCCAACGUCUCAAUUGGCACCGGUGUUACUAUCGGUGCCGGGGUCAGAGUUCGAGAAUCAAUCAUUCUUCAUGGUGCAAACCUACAGGAUCAGUGCUGUGUUUUGAACAGCAUUGUGGGAUGGGAUAGUACCAUAGGCAAGUGGGCAAGAGUAGAAGGAACUCCCAGUGACCCAAACCCAAAUGAUCCAUUUGCAAAGAUUGACAGCGAGACGCUCUUCAGAGAUGGAAAACUCACACCUUCUAUAACUAUUCUUGGCUGCAACGUGACCAUUCCUUCUGAGGUGAUCAUACUGAACUCCAUUGUGCUUCCACACAAAGAUCUGAACCGCGGCUUCAAAAACCAAAUCAUCCUUUAGUAUCUGCUUCACUGUUGUUCCUCUGCACAAUGAAGGCUGCUGCUGGCCAAGCGCUGGCUCUGAUGGAGAGUUUCUGUACAUAAGAUGUUUAAGAUGGAUAUGAAAAGCCUUCAUUAAACUGUUUUUGAAAAAUA